GCAAUGCAUUCCAUAUCCAAUAGGAAAAUGUUUUCUGAAAGUUGCUAAAAAAGAAAAUUUUUCUGUUAAAUAUGCGUUUGGAAAUUCAUUAAGGGAAAAUACGCAACAUUUAAUCAUCUGACUGUAGAAUAUAUAACGUUAAAUUAUUUUCGCUAUUGCAGAUUCUGCGAUACUUUAGUGCUUCAAUUUGAAAAACUGUUUCUCAUAGGAAUAGUAAUUAGUGUGGCAUCUCUGAGUAUCUCUAUGUUCCGUGUGAGUGACGUUUUACAUAUAUAUUUCCUUUUCGGUUAUAUAUAUUUUUUUUCACUUUAUAUUUUCGAAGAAACGUUGAAAGAACGCGUAACCGACCUUACAAAAAUAGCAUAUAAUAUCGCAGCUGAUGCAGGCGUUAAUUGCAUAUAAUAAUAUAAUGGAAAUAUAUAUAUCGUUCGUUCUCGUUUUCGUUCAAAUCUGCAUUAUAUUCUACGGCAACCACAUCGGCCAACAAGUGACAAACAAUAACGCUGAGAUCUUUGAUACAGUGUACAAACUACAGUGGUACGUGGUUUCCCAGAAUAUACAAAAAUUGAUGUUGUUUCUAUUACAAAAGGGUAACAAAACCUUCUAUCUGUCAAUCGGUAGUAUAUACAACGCCUCGUACGAGGGCUUUACAACGCUUGCAACCUCGGCGAUAUCGUACUUCACCGUAAUCUAUGCUGUCCAGUAAUGGAGUAAACCAAAGAUAUUCUCAAUCGAUCCUACAAAUUUAGCAUUCGACGUUGAAUAUUAUUCUCACUACAUAUUGCACACAGACAAAUCUAACAAUGAAUUUAACAAUGCAUUGAGGAAGGACUUUGAU